AUGAACCCUCUAACUAGGCCUCGUCUAUUACUGACAUGGCCAAGGUCAGUUUUCGGGAAUAGAAUAUUGAUAAGAACCUAUAAAGACAAACAAAAAACCAUACCACCUCCUCGAGGUUCAAUAAACUCUCCUGAAGAAUUCCUGGAAAAGAUUGGUCGAGGAUGCGGAGAGGUUUCUGAUAAAUUUAAAGAUUGGAAUCAUCUAUUCACGGCGUCAAGUCUCGAAAUGAAAACGGAAAUGGGUAUACCAACGAAGCAGAGAAAGUCUGUAAUAAUGUUAAUUUGA